CGGGACACUCUUGGCGCUCAUUGGCUCCGCUAUUGAUCAGAGGGCGGGGCCUCUGGGCUGCCAGGGGCGGAGCUUGACUGGCGCCGCGCCAGGUUGGGCAUCCUUGCUGGAAAGCGAGUUCACCGUGCUUCUCGAACCCAGGCCUGGUAACGGGAGUAAAGGACCGACGAUGUGGCGAUGGUCGCUUCUGUUGCUUUUCUUGCUGCUGAGGUGGUGGGCCCUGGGGAAGCCAUCCCCUGACGCCGGGCCUCAUGGCCAUGGCAGGGUGCAUCAGGGAGCCCCCUUGAGCGAGGCCCCCCACGAUGACGCCCACGGCAAUUUCCAGUACGACCACGAGGCAUUCCUAGGACGAGACGUGGCCAAGGAAUUUGACCAACUCAGUCCAGAGGAAAGCCAGGCCCGACUCGGGCGGAUCGUGGACCGCAUGGAUCUUGCUGGAGACAGCGAUGGCUGGGUGUCCUUAGCCGAGCUCCGCGCGUGGAUCGCUCACACGCAGCAGCGGCACAUCCGUGACUCGGUGAGCGCUGCCUGGCACACCUACGACAUGGACCGCGACGGGCGCGUGGGUUGGGAGGAGUUGCGCAAUGCCACGUAUGGCCACUAUGAGCCGGGGGAGGAAUUUCACGAUGUGGAGGAUGCUGAGACCUACAAGAAGAUGCUGGCUCGGGAUGAGAGGCGAUUCCGGGUGGCGGACCAGGAUGGGGACUCCAUGGCCACCCGGGAAGAGCUGACGGCCUAUCUGCACCCUGAGGAGUUCCCACACAUGCGAGACAUCGUGGUUGCUGAGACCCUGGAGGACCUUGACAAGAACAAAGACGGCUAUGUGCAGGUGGAGGAGUACAUCGCGGACCUGUACUCUGAGGAGCCCGGGGAGGAGGAGCCUGCCUGGGUACAGACUGAGCGGCAGCAGUUCCGGGACUUCCGGGAUCUGAACAAGGAUGGGCGGCUGGAUAGCAGUGAAGUGGGUUACUGGGUGCUGCCUCCAUCCCAGGACCAGCCCCUGGUGGAGGCCAACCACCUGCUGCAUGAGAGUGAUACAGACAAGGAACCCAGAGGGAGAAACAUCCUAAGCAACUGGAACAUGUUUGUGGGCAGCCAGGCCACCAAUUAUGGUGAAGAUUUGACAAGGCACCAUGAUGAACUCUGACUUGUGACCCCAUGACUCCAUGGGGCAACUGAGGAGUGCAGAUAGCCCCUCCCUCCAGAGCACAGACUGAGCUCUGGUGUCCCUGAUUCUUGGGCUCUCAGGGGACCCACUCAGUCAUCUUCUCUCCCUGAGACCCCUGUCCCCCACCCUGGGGCCUCCGACAUGCCCAGGGUGCUCAGGCACUCAAGUGACACCCGCUGUGAUGGUCUCCAAGCACAGACCCGGGCCCACAUCCUGGCCCCAACCCCAAUGCAAGCCUCAGUCACACAGGUUGACCAGUGCUGCCCACUGCCUGGGAACAAUAAAAGCCAUUGCUGGGGUUUUCU